CCUUGCUGCCUGAGAAGCCGCGCCAAGGCCGACUUUCUCUAGAGCAUCAAACGGCCGCCCGCAAAUCUUGAGCUUGACAAGUAACAGCCACACAACCACAAACACCCUCAAAGACACCCACAAACCCACAAACACACCAUCAACCGUCGCAACAUGUCGCGCGCAAUCUUGGACCGCCCCAAGACGGACGAGGAGAAGAUCGCGGCUAUCAAGGCCUGGCAGGAGGUAAACAACCCCAAAUCAGCCCGAAGCUCCAUUGCUUUUGCUAACGCGUCUGUGUCUGUAGAGAGACCCUGCCAUCCAGCAGUGGCUCCUGCACUCGGCCUGGGUGGGGGACCAGGAGACGGAGGAGACGCGCUUCAACGCGCUCUUCGCCUCGCUGGCGAUCGGCCGUUCCCUGCCGCGCGAAGCGGAGCCCCCGGCGGCGGAGAAGGAGAAGGAGGGCGGGAAUCUCACCCCGCGGGAGGCGUUGCUGGAGCUGGGCCGCCUGGUCCAGAAGGGGGAGGAGGUGCCGAAGCUGGUGGCAGAGCGCGCCCACGACCACCUCAGAUCUGUGUUCCCGGCGGAGUUGGAAGAGACUCUGCUGAAGCCGGAGAGGGAGAAGAGGGAGGCGGAGGAGGCGGCGAAGGAGGAUCCGGGCAUGCCGGAGGGCCGGUCUUGGCCGGCGUUUUCGUGAGCACCUGGGGGAGUUUUGUUUGA